CGACACCGUUUCGCAUCUCGCCGGCAACAAUGGACGACGAAGAAGAACAACAAAAGCUUCCAGAUCUAGUAAAAGCUCUCGUCCACCAUCUACUUUCUCAAAACCUUCCCCCAAAUUCCCCACCCUUAAACCCUACCUCCUCUCACUUCCAAAACUCCCUCCGUUACGCCCACCGCAUUCUCUCCAGCCACCUCACUCCCUCCGUAACCCCCGAUGCCGCCGCCAUCGCCGAAUCCAUCAAACGCCGUCUCGCCACCGAAGGUAGAUCCUCUGAAGCCUUAUCAUUCGCUGACCUAUAUACCAAAUUCGUUUCCAAAGCCGCCGAUGUUGAUAACAAGUGGGCCCUACUUCAUCUCUUCAAUAUCAUUUCUCAAGAUCGUAAAACCGCCGUUAAAUCUCAACUCGAUGCUUCCGUUUUUCUUCCGAAUUUAACUAUCUCCGAUAACAACGUUGGUCCACGCCGUAUUGAAAAUAAGGGAUGGAGCGACGGUGUUGUUGUUCUUGCUAAGGAUCCUAAUAAUCGCCGCGACAUUGCGUUUCAUGAGUAUGUGAAAUUGGUUAAGGAAGAAAACGAUGUGACGGAAGAGGCUAUGGUGACUGAUGUGCUUUAUGCUUGUCAAGGAGUUGAUGAAUGAGUUGAGUGAUUAUUACAAGUUGUUGGCUGUGCUUGAGGCUCAUUCUUCGAAUCCGAUUCCUUUGUUUUCUGAAUCUGCAAGUUCUGUCAUCAGAGAGCUAUCAUUCCUGUUGAAGAUCAAAAGCCAUUCCUUCAUUCUGCUUAUCAGAAUCACUCCAAGGGCUUUCACAUAGACAUCAACAUGCUUCCCAAGCCAUUAACGUCAAUUGAUGAUUCGUCUUCUGCAAGUGAUGGAUCAAAGGUGCGCGUGGCUUAUCAGGGAGUGCCGGGAGCAUACAGUGAGGAUGCAGCUUUGAAAGCGUAUCCAAAUUGUGAGACUGUGCCAUGUGACGAUUACGAAGCUGCAUUUAAGGCAGUUGAACUGUGGUUGGUUGAUAAAGCGGUUUUACCAAUUGAAAAUUCUGCGCAUGGAAGCAUCCAUCGCAAUUAUGACUUACUUCUUCAACAUAAGUUGAAUAUUGUCGGAGAGGUGCAGCUGCGUGCUAACCACUGUCUCUUAGGAUUGCCCGGUGUGACAAUGGAGGAACUCGUCAGUGUUGUGAGUCAUCCUCAGGCUCUUGCUCAAUGUAGGACGGUGCUGAACGAUUUAGGUGUUGAUAAAGUUCGUGACCAGGAUUUUCGGGUCACGGGUUUAAGAUGGCUCCGGUUAUUGGGAAGAUAUUGACUGAGCUUGCGGUGGAUGGGCAAACUAAUGAAGUUGAUUUGAAGCAUUUUAGGAUUGGAAGAUUCAAUGCGAGUUCCAAGCUUUAGGUAACUUUCUUGUCGUUGAAUUUUGUUAUUGAAAUUUAAGAUUAUGUUUUUGGUAGCGGAUUGCAAUUGGAGUCUGCAUAUGUAUUAUUGUAUUAAUGAAAAUUUGAAUGCUCUCUUGAAAUCAUGCUGGUAGUAACUCGCAAUUGAAUUAAAAGUUUUAGGGAUUAUGAAGAAUACAAUAAGUUCUCACAGGUAGCAUAGUUUUUAAGGAAUAUGUAACUGAAUUAUCUGUUGAAUUCCUUGCUAUUUGAGGUGUUUCUUGUUCCAAGCUGAUGAGGGCUUGUAUGAGUAUGGAAGUUUGAAAGUUUUUUCACGAA